AUUUGAACGCUUCCUGGUUUAACACAUUGUAAUAGUUCUAUUACAUACUGUACUGUACCUGACCUGGAGGUUAAGUAGCCUAUUAUACCGUGUUAGAAAUAGCACCAAAUCGGACACCGAAUAGGUAGGUGAGAAUAAAAAAAUACGCCGUAUUUUGAUACACUUCAACCGUACUUUUUUGUUUUGUUGGUUUCUGUAGGCGCUUCGUUCCCCCCUGUCCUCCACUUUUGACAGAACGCCCCGAGCGCACUUUUAAUGAUGCUUAACUGACGCGCGGUCAUCAACGGACAUUCUUCCUGAUGUCACUUCUCAACAUGCGGACCACCUGUUUUAUGGCCGUGAUCUUGUGGCUCACAACUGGUUCAACUCGUUGUCAAACACCAAUUCCCAAUGUUCACGGAGGGUUAGGUGCAGUUCUGGGGGUGUCCAACGCCAGCGUCCUCCUGCAAGACCCCAGCUCUGAGACACUCUACCUGGGAGCCAGAGACUCCAUCCUGGCCCUGCACACCUCCAACCUCACCUGGAAACACUCAUCAAUUAAGUGGGAGGCAACAGAAGAGGAGAGGAAGUCCUGUAUGGGUAAAGUCAAGAGAGAGGAUGACUGUUAUAACUACAUCUGUCUGCUGGAGGUUCUGAAGGAUGGAAGGAUCUACGUCUGUGGCUCCUACGCCUACAAUCCCCAGUGUGCUUUCAUAGACCCAGUGACGUUUGUCCUAGUGAAGGAAGGUGGUGACAAAGUGAAGAUGGAGAAUGGGAAGGGGAAAUGUCCUUAUGAUCCCAGACAACCUCACACUGCUGUUACUGCAGGUAUUGGAGGAGUGGAGAGCCUAAUGGUGGUGAAGAUGGAAGACUAAGACUCUACAGGCUGGCUGCUGUGUGUUUAGGAGUGCUGUGUGUUCUACAAGUCACUCUCAACAUCUCCCUGAGGCUGGCUUUCUAUAACAGAGGCAAUGAGACUGCAGAGAAAGACCUGCUACAGACCAGUUACAAAACCCUGACUGAAGAGAGAGACCAGCUACAGACCAGUUACAAAACCCUGACUGAAGAGAGAGACCAGCUACAGACCAGUUACAACACCCUGACUGAAGAGAGAGACCAGCUAAAACCCAUUUCCAACAUUCUGACUAAAGAGGGAGAGCAGCUACAGACCAGGUACAACACCCUGACUAAAAAGAGAGACCAGCUACAGACCAGGUACAACACCCUGACUAAAGAGAGAGACCAGCUACAGACCAGUUACAACACCCUGACUAAAGAGAGGGACCAGCUACAGAAGGAUAGAGAUGAUCUCACGUCAAAGUUCUCUAAUCUGAAACAAACAUGUCCUGAAGGCUUUCAGAAGUUUGAAUCCAGUUGGUACUUCCUGUCUACAGUGAAAAAACCCUGGAAGGAGAGUAGACAGGACUGUCUGAAGAGAGGAGCAGACAUGGUGAUCAUAAACAGUGAUAAGGAACAGGAGUUUCUAUUCAGCUUCAAUAAGAGAGCCUGGAUUGGUCUGACUGACUCUGUUACUGAGGGGGCCUGGAAAUGGGUGGACGGCACCCCACUGACCACCCCAAGUUACUGGCACUCACAGCAACCUGAUAAUGGUGGUGACAACCCAGCAAAUGGGGAGGAGGACUGUGUUGAACUGAACACAGAAACCUGGCGUCCUGUAAAGGCAUGGAAUGACCAGUCAUGUUUACACAAUCGUUACUGGAUUUGUGAGAAAGUGGUUUAACGUCACCAUUACAACAGAGGAGGCUGGUGGGAGGACGCGCACACAUACAGCACCUUACAGUGCACACAACUUCAUUCUCUCUCUCUAAGACACACACACACCAACCCACUGCUGGUACUGUACUGAGGGGCAAACAACCUGAUAAUGGUUGUGAACCAGGAUAUAUUGUAACAAGGACUGUGCUGAUGUUAAUAUUGGGUAUUCUGAGCCUGUAUAUAAAUAUUCUGACAUAUCAUUUACCUCUCAACAUAACUGGAUUUGUGAAGAGUUAUACAGUAGCUCAUUAUAUAGCAUUGCUACAGUGCUAAUGCAUCUCUCUCUAGGUAAACAGUAUGUAGACAUACUGUCAUCUGUAAAAUGCUUGUAUUCAUUGUUUAAAUAGAAACAUAUUAUGUGAUUUGCCAUAAUGUGAUUUUAGUCAAUUAUUAGCAUAAACGACUUUAGUAAGAAGAUGAACUAAGGCUCAGAUUAAGUAAGAAAGGAACCUAUCAGGUGUCAAUUUACCAGCUUCCUGAUUGAAUGUGAUUGGAUUGUUAAAACAAUGUGACUUGCAGUUGGACACAGACAGAAGGCAGAACAGUACUGAGAGGAUACAUGCUGCACCUAGGCAGACACACACAGACAGAAGGCAGAACAGUACUGAGAGGAUACAUGCUGCACCUAGGCAGACACACACAGACAGAAGGCAGAACAGUACUGAGAGGAUACAUGCUGCACGCAGGCUGACACACACAGACAGAAGGCAGAACAGUACUGAGAGGAUACACGCUGUACGCAGGCAAACACACACAGACAGAAGGCAGAACAGUACUGAGAAGAUACAUGCUGCACGCAGACACACACACAGAGACACAGACACACUGAUGUCACACACAGACAGCAUAGAUAAAAGAAAAGGGCCCCUAUCGAUGGCAUAGAGAGAGAUAGAGUCACAAUGUAAACUCCAUUUGAAGGCUGGAGAAGCCACAAACAGAACAGUCAAAGUAAUAGGAUGAAAGGCUGCACUCUUCACUACUUGUUGUCAUGCAGCUAUCAUGUUAUAUCACUCUGUUUAGAAUAUCCUGUAAUGUAUAACUUCCUGAUUGAAGGUGAUUAUAUACUUUAAAAACUGUAGUGGACAACAGACAGAGAUCAGAGAGGUAACUGGUAGAGAUGCACAUCUGAGCAACUACUUAACUACUAGUCACUGAAGUUAGAAUCAUACAGUAGAUAUUAGCAUUAGGAGUCAGUUAGAAAGGUAAUCAUACAGUAGAUAUUACCAUUAGGAGUCAGUUAGAAAGGUAAUCAUACAGUAGAUAUUACCAUUAGGAGUCAGUUAGAAAGGUAAUCAUACAGUAGAUAUUACCAUUAGGAGUCAGUUAGAAAGGUAAUCAUAAGUAAGUUAAUACUAUAAGUAAAAGUUAAAAUCAUAUAUACUACAAUUACAGGUCAGACAGAAUUAAUUAGUUGAUUAAUUGAUUGUUUGGUGUCAUCAUUGAUAUCUGGUAUAGUUAGUUAAGAUGGCCGACUACAUCAACAAACAGGUGAUUGAAUUAAAAGAAGUUCAUGAAGAAAACCGGAACGGAGCAACGAGGAGCGUGAAGACUGAGACUCAUCUCUCAGGUACAAAGAAUAAUCUUUCUCUCUCUCACACACACACACACAGAUGCAGACAGGUAUGAACGCACAAACCGAACGCACACACGUAUUCUGGCACGUGCACACACACUAAUAGCACAUCAUAGAAAAGCGCUUGUUAAUUUUUUAUUGUUCUGUCUUCUCUGUGGUUCAGCUGGUACAGAGCCUGAGGUUUACAACCUGCUGGGGUCUCAUACACUAAAAUGCAUCAAUUCAAUAUUAUGUUUUACUUCAGUUGUUGGAACUAUGUACAACUAUUUAAUAAGAUCAAUUGAAAAUAAUAUUUUUAAACAACAACACAGUGGAUACCCCACCACUGUUUUUGGUAAACAGCUGAGGGGCUGGUAACCUGAAACAGGCUCUGUGCACCUGGUGACCUGCCCGCUUUUUUUUUUUUUCCCGCUCAGAGAAAUGUUUAAAAAAAUGUAAGUUGCAGAAAUGUAACCACUCUCAAAUUCAUAGACAGAGCUGGUACUGUAUGUAAUUCAUAGACAGAACUACAAUAUAUAUGACUGGUACAGUAUGUAAUUCAUAGACAGAACUAUAUAUGUCUGGUACUGUAUGUAAUUCAUAGCUACUGUAUGUAUGUCUGGUACUGUAUGUAAUUCAUAGCUAUAGUAUGUACUCAAGGACUGUCCAUCCAUGAGAACAAAAUGAUUGUUUUACCCAUCUGAGGUUACACAGUGUUUGUUAACAGUUCUGUGGUAGAACAAGCUUAUAUUUUGGGUCCUGAUGGGGUUGGAAAGUUAAACUAAGCUCAUGAGGCAUUUAUAAGUUACAUUCAUGAAGAAUGAAUGGAUAAAUAUCAUACAUUUCAAAGUCCCAAAAAUGUAAGCAGCAAUUGCAGAUAUCCUCUUUAAGUCAUUGUCACGAAUCCCGCCGAAGAUGGUGCCUCUUCGUCGCCGGGCCUACUAGCUGCCACCGAUCCCCUUUUCUGUUUCAUUUAGUUGUGUCUGAUUUAGUUGUACCUGUUUGGUGUUGAGGUUUAGGUUUUGGGCUUUAAACCCGGUAGGCCCGCCGGCUUUUCUGCUUGUUUUUCUGUUUAUGGUGUGUGAAUAUUUUGUGGAUUUCAUUUUUCCGAACAGUUUCGUCCUUGUUUGUUGGACUGGGUUUUUAUGCGCCCUUGUGUGUGUGGCGUGACCGUCUCUCUGUUUUUUGGAAAUAAACAAUCCACAUCUUUGUACUA